AUGACUGUUCCCGGAAUUAUCUCCGACUUAGACGGAGACAACGGAGAAGAAUUUACUUCCUCCAAAGUGGCUUCUUCCUCCGGUGAGAGGAAAAUCAUAGUGUCCAACAUGUUACCUCUUCAAUCUAAAAGAAACGUAGAAACUGGUAAACUCUGUUUUACUUGGGACGAAGAUUCUCUCCAAUUUCAACUUCGAGAUGGGUUUUCUUCACAAACAGAGUUUCUCUACGUUGGAUCACUUAACGUUAACGUCGAAGCGAACGAACAAGAAGAAGUUUCACAGAGACUUCUCAAGGAUUUCAACUGUGUUGCAACGUUUUUGUCUCAAGAGUUACAAGAAAUGUUCUACUUUGGUUUCUGUAAACACCAGUUAUGGCCUCUAUUUCAUUACAGGCUCCCAAUGUUUCCUGAUCAUGGAGAUCGUUUCGACGUUCGUCUAUGGCAAGCUUAUGUCUCAGCUAAUAAGUUAUUUUCAGACAAGGUUAUGGAAGUUAUUAACCCUGAGGAUGAUUAUGUAUGGAUUCAAGAUUAUCAUCUAAUGGUUCUUCCUACUUUCUUGAGGAAACGUUUUCACAGGAUCAAGCUUGGUUUCUUCCUUCAUAGUCAUUUUCCUUCCUCUGAGAUUUACCGAACAUUGCCUGUUCGUGACGAGAUUUUGAGAGGUUUGUUGAAUUGUGAUCUCAUUGGAUUCCAUACGUUUGAUUACGCGAGGCAUUUCUUGUCUUGUUGUAGUAGAAUGCUUGGUCUUGAUUACGAGUCUAAGCGUGGACACAUUGGACUUGAUUACUUUGGUCGGACUGUGUAUAUCAAGAUUCUUCCUGUUGGUGUUCAUAUGGGAAGACUGGAAUCUGUUUUGAAUCUUCCUUCGACGAUAGCGAAAACAAAAGAGAUUCAAGAACAGUUUAAAGGGAAAAAACUCGUUCUUGGCAUUGACGAUAUGGAUAUAUUUAAAGGCAUAGGACUAAAGCUUCUAGCAAUGGAGCAUCUCUUUGAAACAUAUUGGCAUUUGAGAGGAGAAGUUGUUCUUGUUCAAAUACUGAAUCCGGCAAGAUCUUUUGGUAAAGAUACGGAAGAAGCAAAGAGAGAAACGUAUGAGACCGCGAAAAGGAUCAAUGAGCGCUACGGUACUCUUGAUUAUAAGCCAAUAGUCUUGAUCGAUCGUCUUGUUCCACGUUAUGAGAAAACCGCGUAUUGCGCUGCUGCAGAUUGUUGUUUAGUGAAUGCAAUGAGAGAUGGCUUGAACUUAGUUCCUUAUAAAUAUAUAGUAUGCAGGCAAGGGUCUCGAAAGAAGGCCCUUGAUGAUUUAUCUCCCCGCACGAGCAUGCUUGUUGUAUCCGAGUUUAUCGGAUGCUCGCCUUCUUUGAGUGGUGCUAUUAGGGUGAAUCCAUGGGAUGUAGAUGUUGUUGCCGAAGGGGUUAACUCGGCUCUUAAAAUGAGUGAGGCUGAGAAGCAACUACGACAUGAGAAACAUUACCAUUACAUUAGUACUCAUGAUGUUGGCUAUUGGGCAAAGAGCUUUAUGCAAGAUCUCGAGAGAGCGUGCAAGGAUCAUUAUAGUAAACGUUGUUGGGGGAUUGGAUUUGGAUUGAGUUUUAGAGUUUUAUCGCUCUCUCCAAACUUUAGGAAGCUAUAUGUGGAACACAUUGUCCCGGUUUAUAGUAAAACAGAGCGAAGAGCGAUAUUUCUUGAUUAUGACGGUACUCUUGUUCCUCAAAGCUCCAUUAUUCAAGAUCCAAGCGCCGAGGUUCUCCAUAUUUUGAAGGCUCUAUGUGAAGAUCCUAAAAACACUGUGUUUAUUGUAAGCGGAAGAGGACGAGAGUCUCUUAGUAAUUGGUUAUCUCCUUGUGAAAAUCUUGGCAUAGCGGCUGAACAUGGAUACUUCAUAAGGUGGGGUAGCAAGAAUGAAUGGGAGACUUGUUACUCACCCGCGAAUAGAGAGUGGAAGACAAUGGUGGAACCAAUAAUGAGAUCAUACAUGGAGGCAACGGAUGGGUCGAGCAUAGAGUUUAAAGAUAGUGCUUUGGUGUGGCAUUAUCAAGACGCAGAUCCGGAUUUUGGAUCAUGCCAAGCUAAGGAACUGCUCGAUCAUCUAGAGAGCGUGCUCGCGAAUGAGCCUGUUGUUGUCAAGAGAGGUCAACACAUUGUAGAAGUUAAACCAGAGGAUGUAAGCAAAGGUUUAGCUGCGGAAAAAGUAAUCCGCGGAAUGGUGGAACGCGGGAACCCACCAGAGAUGGUGAUGUGCAUAGGAGAUGACAGAUCAGACGAGGACAUGUUUGAGAGUAUAUUGAGUACAAUGACAAAUCCGAAGCUUUUGAUUCAACCAGAGGUUUUCGCGUGCACGGUGGGAAGAAAACCGAGCAAAGCUAAGUACUUCUUGGACGAUGUAAAUGACGUGCUUAAGCUCCUAAAAGGUUUAGGAGACUCAUCAUUGAGCUUAAAGACCACACCUCACACACAAGUCGCAUUUGAAAGCAUCAUUUAA